AUAAGGCCAAGUUCCUCAUUUUGAUUUUUGUUGUACAUCCUCUCGCACCCGCCGUUGUUGUCGUCUUCAUCAGUGUGUGUGUAGAUGGCAACGGCGUGCUGGCAUCCGGCGGUGGCGCUGUUGGUCAUCGUGGUGACGGUCAGGACAGCAGCCAUCGAUCAGAAUAGAUUGGCCAAUGUGGUGGACGCAAUUCUUAAGAUGUUUGCGGGUGGAAGGUGGGUCGAAGAAGACACCUCGCCUGCCAUUGGUUCAUUUGUCUGCUUGCACGGUUACACUGCGAGAUGCCCAUGUUCAGUCUGGCCGUGAGCAUCCCCAAAACCGCCGGACCGGACGCGUACGACCUCACUCAAGUGCCCGACACGGGCGAGAACGUGAAGAACGCCAUCCUGCAGUGCGAGGUCUAUGCGGGCGACAACGUGGUGGCCGCCACCCUUCUGAGGUGGCCCGAUGUGCUGCAAAGAUGUCCUGAGGCGCGCGUACCCUGGCGGGCUGUUCUACGAGCAUGUAAGCGGAAGUCUAUGACGUGGAAGGAAGUGGCCAGUCGUUGCCCCGACGCCGUGAAAAAAGGCACAGCCGAUCACGCAGAGUACCGGGUUCUUAAGAGGUUUGACAGCUGGGCCGAGAGCAAGGACAAGACCGGUCUGUUGGUGCUCUACGUGUACGCGUCGCCAUGUACCAACAAAUGCACCAAUGAAGAAAAUCCACGGAACAUCCUCACGUUGGUGGAGCGCAUCCGAGAGUGGUCGGAGCACGCUGUGGUCUUCUCCAAAGUUUUCAAGCCCAGUAAUCCAAGCAUCAGCUACUCUGUACCCGUCGGCGACAUGAAGGUUGCUCUCGUCAAUCUGGGAAAGCAUCUGGGCGACGGCGGCCUCCAAAGCAUCUUCCGGUGCGACCGGGUGAGCGAGCCCAUGGAGUGUGUCAGCUGCUCCAGUGGGGGGGCAGUCACACCUCGGUGUUAUUCGGACAAGCAGAACCUGCCGGCCAACCGGCGAGGUGGAGGUGACGUGUGCUCGCCGGGCGGAGGUGGACGACGAGAUCAAAACCGAAGGCUGGCGUCCGGUGGGGGCCGCACAAAAAGAGGCCUCGAGAAGCGUCGAGGUCGGCGUGUUUUCUGUGACGUCGCCCCACCGCCACCACCCAGAACAGAAAACGUGCCCGGUGAAAAUGGAGGCCGCCAUGAUGAAGUGUCCAGAAGUCAGAAGUCGAAAGCUUCCGAGGCCAAAGGCCAGCGCGGUUGGCGGACACGUGCGAAGGGCGAGAGCGGGCAGGGAGGUGGGCGAGGUCAGCGGGAUGGGACACAUCAUGGGUGGGGUGCGGCGCCUCGCGGGCGGAGUGGUCCACCUCGUAGUCAGGGUGGGGAAACCCGUGGGCCGUCAUCGGAGGAUUUGAUGCCCCCCCGUGGGCGGGGCCGCUCAAGUGGUUGGCGUGGUCAAAAUUAAUGUCGAUGAAUGUGAGGAAGCUGAUUUGUGCUGAACCUCGUGAGCUUCCGCUUGCUAAGUGCUAAGCUAACGUGAUUGUGCUAAAAAGUGCUAUCGUACCAAACAACAUUAAAGCUUUCA